CCUGUUCGUGUCCCUUAAAAGAGACGGACACUAUCGAUCUUUCUACAUUGCCGAUUGCGGGGAGAGCUCAGUGCAUGGCUCACGAGACCACUCCUACUCCUUCCUUACUAUUUAUUGCUCUCCCUUCAAAGGCCGCACAGAUCCCGGCCUUCCCUUCAUUAUACACACCAUGGCGGCGCCCGAUCAUACCGACCUGGGAAAACCUCAGUUUGAGUCGCACAAAUGGGUGGAACCUAUCAUCGUGCUAAGUAUUAUGAUCGGCUCUUUGAUAAUCAAUCGACGACGGAACUUCAGCAUCUCACGCCCCUCCGAUUAUAUACAACUCGGGAACCCAGACGAUGUGCUCAGGAGUACGGAGAAUACGUGGCUGGAAACCUCGAAUGCCGAAACAUACCGCUUCUGUGGGAUUGUGAUCAAGGUGCCGGAUUCUUCGAGAUGGAGACAUCAUAUCCAUAGCAGGAUCAUUCAGAAAUUCCCCUUUCUGGUGGAGAUGUUCUACUGGGUGAUGAAUCUACUCUUCUACGCGUGCACCAAGGCGAUCUCGCAGAGUCUGUCGCCGGCGGAUAAGAGUGUCGUGCAAGUUGCGCAGGGCCAUGGCAUCGACAUUCUCACCUUCGAGCACAAGGGCAUUUUCCGGUUUUUCUUCCCCGUCGAGGAAUCUGAAUUCCAAAGCUUCUUUAUGGAGUACCAUCCGCUCUGGCUGACCCUCUUCAAUCGGAUCUAUUCCUUGGUCCACAUCCCGGGAACGGUGCUGUUCCUCUCCUGGUACUACUAUAGCGCCCCGAAUCACCGCACGUUCGCCAUUGUUCGGAGAACCAUGACGCUGGGUAAUCUCGCCGCCUUCCUCGUCUUUUGCUUCUACCCGUGCAUGCCUCCCCGACUCCUGCCCGAGGAAUAUAACUUCUUCGACACGGUCCGGCAGGAGCAUGCAGAGAGUGUCUGGGUGGGGGCCAAGUCGGUCAAUCAGUUCGCCGCGAUGCCGAGUCUGCACUUCACCUACGCGUUUGUGAUCGGCUGCACAUUCAUCUACCAUUCGGGCAUUAUGCAGCGGCUGUUGGGCAUGCCAACCAGGACCUCCCGGCUGGCGGUGCUCUUCUACGUGUCACUCGGCAUUAUUUACCCGCUGCUGGUCCUGAGUGUGAUUGUGGCUACGGCCAAUCAUUAUUGGCUAGAUGCCGUCGUAGCCGUUCUUAGUGUCACGAUCUGCUUCCUAGGCAAUCGGAUCUUGGUGGUUCUGUUACCGCUUGAAUAUCGUCUCUGCUGGGUAUUGCGACUCGCCAAGCCUGUUCCGACGACCGGAGAUCGGCUGCACAAGUACGCUGCUAUGAAAGAUCUCGACAGUUCACCAGAACUCCAUGACGAAAUAGUAUAAGGCCCCCUCAUUUCGAUAUACCCAAUAUACGAGCAUCUACGCACUAUAAUAGACUAUGUAUCGUAAUAAAUUGCCGAUAAACCUUAGAAGAUCCGAAGCUACCUCAUUAGGCACCUUUUCUUUUGCUUUUAGCUUUUCUACUUU